AUGGAAAUCGAUUUAGAUCCCACUCAAUUUAUUUUACAAACAAUUGAUCAAUUACCAACCGAAAUAAAACCAAUCUAUGAAUCAUUUCUUGAUCUUUAUCAACGAAAACUUUGGUAUCAACUUACAACUUCGAUUUUAGAGUUUUUAAAUUUACCGAUAUCUUUUCCGUACCAGAUUUCUUUGUAUAAUGGGUUUAUAAAAGAUUUUGAGAAUAAGAUUAAUUCACUUAAGUUAGUUGAGAUCGCCGUCACUGUUUCUCAACAAUACACCGAUCCAAGUGAAGCACUUGAAUUCUUAUCAUCCCUAGCAACAAAACUAAAACCGAUCCCACUAAAAGAUGAAGAAAAACGAAUGAAAGUGAAACCGAAUGAAUUACAAACCGAUCCAGAAGCCUAUGUGCUUUCACGAAUGUCAGCUGCUCAUUUUUGUUUAUUGUUAGGUCAAACUAAAGAAACCGAAUUAGCCAUGAAUGAGUGUCGUAAGAUCUUAGAUAAACUUGAUACUGUUGAUACUUCAGUUAGAGCUGGGUUUUAUAGAGUUUCAGGUGAUUAUUAUAAAUGGGAAGCAGCAUAUGCAUCGUAUUAUAAAACUUCAUUACUUUAUUUAGCUUGUUUACCUAAUGUGAAUGUAGAUUUAAGUUUAGAAAGUCGGAUUCAAAGAGCCCAUGAUCUAGGUCUAGCAGCUCUGUUAGGUGAUACGAUUUACAAUUUCGGAGAACUUUUACAACAUCCGAUCUUAGAUUCCUUAAACAAUACACCAUACGAAUGGAUCAAGUCUCUAUUGUUUGCAUUUAAUGAUGGUCAUCUAGGCGUCUUUGAAUCUUUGACACCAAAGUUUCCAGAAGAGCCUAUCUUACAGAAUUCAUAUCCGUUUAUGAGACAAAAGAUUUGUUUGAUGGCAUUGAUUGAUGCGGUCUUUAGAAGGAAUGUAACCGAUCGGAUCAUUCCUUUUACAACGAUUGCAUCAGAAACCAAGUUACCGGUGAAUGAAGUUGAACAUUUAGUGAUGAAAGCUUUAAGUUUGGGAUUAGUUAAAGGUUCGUUGGAUCAGGUUUCAGGUACAGCUAAGAUUACGUGGGUUCAACCUAGAGUCUUGAGUCGAAGUCAGAUUGAAGGAUUGAAAGUGAAAUUAGAUGAAUGGACUAAUCGAGUGAUGAAAGUAGGUGAACAUGCUCAUGAUCAUGGUGGGACUGAGAUUUUGGUUUCGUAGAGAGAGAGAAACAAAAAAAAUUAGAAAUACUUUGUUUUUGGUUUUGGUAUUUUUGAAGUUUAUGAUUUGGUCCUUUUUUGAUAUAUGAGGUUUGAAAUUCAUUAUAUAUGGUUCAUGAGAUUGGGUGAUGUGAAUUAUGGUUCUUUGUUUUGAUAAGAUUGAUAAGAUUAGUUUGAAUGGAAUUAAGGUUUCAUGAAUUUUUAUUGAUUGGUUGUUUACUGAGUAUCAUCAAUGGUUUUUUGAUGUUCAUAAGAGUGAAUGAAAAAAGAUUUGUAAAGACUUUGUUGUUUCAGUUAUGGGUUAUGAUCAUGAUUAUAAUCUAGCAAAAGAUUGAUUUCUUAUUC